AUGGAACAAUACAACUCCCCUGACGAGAAGCCAUGGGUUCCCAUCUUGAAACCAAGGAAAUCUGGAGUGGUGGCCUACGGUAAAUUCGCUGUGGACGAGUACAACAAAUCCAGCCACUCCAGCCUGGAGUACAAGAGCGUCCUGCAGGGGCCCAGCGAAAAAUUGGCGGGAGAAAGUACACGUGGCUUGACAUCAAUACCUCAAAUGGGAAGUACAUCAAUACCUCAAAUGGGAAGUACAGGGCAGAUAUGUACGGCUGGUGAGGUUCCAACGGUCACAAAGUCCUCAUCUCCUUUAACAAAUUAA